AUGAGCCACGAGACCUCUGUACUACGGCCACGCGACCCAUCGCAAGUGAAUUCGGACGACUGGCCGGAAUUCGAACUCAAGCAAGCCUUCGUCUUCGACCCAGAGGACCCGAACAAAGCACCUGUUAGCCUAUUGCAUGCUGGACACUAUCGUCCGCUCUCCAUAACUGGAAAACUCGAACCACCAAACUCUCGGAACAACGGAUCCUGGUUAAAUGACUCAGUACAUCGUUCCGUUCAUAUCGAGCUCACGGAUAUCAAAGAGUUCUCAUAUGGCGAGUAUGGUGAUGGAUCGUUAGACAUAUGGGCUGCUGGCCAGGCUGGCUGGUUCACAAUCAAACCAAGCAGAGCAUACAGGGACAUGUACAGCGACAUGACCCAGGCUCUCAAGCUGCUGUACUUUAUGGCCGACAGCUACAAAGCUUUGCGCAAGUACGCCGAUCUGUCAGCUCCUUAUUUCUUCCAGAAGGUGCGUAAUUCAUUCAACACCUCGAACUGUAUUGACUUUUGGUUCCAGUGCAGCGAAGCAGGCCUCGAAGGAAGCAAAGAUGUCGCUGAUGUCGCAGAAAUGUUUACUAAGCAUAGACAUUUUCUGAUCGCAUCCAUGUUGACCAACAAGGAGGGAUUGCAGUGGUACCGAGUGCCCCUCUACACGUGGUUUCAGGUCACGUUUCCUGUGAGUCAGGUCACCCCUCUCUACAAAGCUACAGCUAACCCAAGCAUCAGNGAUGACUUUCUGCUCGUCCAGUCGAGAAUCAAACCACAACGAGCGAAAUCGUCAUCACAAAAGAGUAGCACACAAUCCCCUGCUCCCUCGACCGCAAGCUCAAGAAGGAAAAAGGCGACAGCCAAACAACAGAGCGCAACUCCGGAGUCUACUAUCUCCAUACGUUCAGGUCGCUCGACUAGAUCAACCAGAUCACAAUCGACGGUGACCGUGGAAUCCUUGCUUAUGGAUCUCGACCAUACUCCAGAAGUGGAACCAAUUGCCGAGGUUGUGUCGGUAACUAAGCAGACAGAAAGUCACGCCGAUCAAGAUUUGUCUUCUAGCAGCGAUGAAGUCCCUAGAACUGGAGGCAAGGGCAAAGGCAAAUCAGCUCUUAGGCCAAGGCCUAGCAAGUUCGCUACACGAGCAAGUAACGCUUCGAUGGAGUCACCUACUGCGUCGCAGAACAAGACAGCAGCACCUCUACCAGAGUCCGUCGAACCAGAACCUAUGUCGAUCGAUAGUCCUCCAAAUGAUACGGAAUCCAGCGACAAACAGAUUGAGGACACAGCCGAAGACUCGGACGAGGAUGACGGAAACAAGACAGAGACACGCGAGCCUUCAUUACCAUUCCAUCUUCAGGACGCAGCCAACAAUGGUGAUGUUUGGCAUUGCCCUGUGGAUGGCUGUAUGCACAAAACAUACGCCGCCUCAGAGCCGAGCUCUCAGAUCUUGAUCAAGCGACACUCACAAACUCAUGACUUUGACCAUGAUGAGAGGGUUCAGUUGGUACGGCGCAUGGAGGCGCCUUAUUUGCCUGUAAACAGGCUUAUGGAUAAGGUUAGGGGGAUGGCAGCAUCAAGCAAGUUGCCGCCACCCAUCACUCAACGUUAUUGA